AAAUGCCCACUCUUGAAAUUACCCGGGAAUAUCGAGAAGAAUUCAUCAAAGCCGAGCAGACAUUUCUCUAUCAGCUAAUCUACGAUCCUCAACAGCGAAAGCUCAUUCCUCUUACUCCCUAUCCACCAAAUUUAGAUCCUUUAAGUUUGCCUUUCGCCGGGCAGUACAUAAAAGACGAUGUCGCUUUCCAACUUGCGAUAGGUAAUCUGGAUGCUGAAACGUUAGAGAGACUAGAUAGCUACGACCCUGACGCAAUGGUUGAGAAACGAAAUCGGUCUUUCUUCACGAAACAUGUAAGCAUCUGGUCUAAGAACUUCAUCGUCGUUCAACAAAAAAGUUCCUCAUCAGUUGAAGUAAAAAGUGCAAAUUCCCACACGCUUACUGUGUGCAAACAAGUUACUGCCAAAGUAGAGUUUCGUAUACCAAAGACUGCCGAGCAAGUGCCAAGUAUCACCGACAAAGAACUGACGAAUCAGUACACCAAGACAGAAUCACCAACCUCUCCCGUUUUAGCUGCCCGUAAACAUUUGUCCCAAGACGAUGUGAGCAGUGGAAAACUCAAUGAUCUUCCGUCAAUACUGGACCCGUUUGCAGAGCCUAUUAUGGCCAAGGCAGUUUUCGAUAACGCUGCCAUUACCCCUUCAAGAAAAAGCAAUCCGUUCGUCAAGUUAAAGCCUACAACCAGCAGUAUCACAACAUCCCCACAUACCUCACCUACUGCCUCUCAUUUUAGUGCACUUCACACGUUUAGCCAAUUGAGAAAGAUAGAUACCAAUGGCCAGGAGAUAGUUACCAGCGCAUACUUCCAAUCGGAGAAGGUCAAUGUUACGGACAAACUAAAAAGCCAUAUUCUUAGUAGCGAUAAUCACAUUGCGAUGCCGGUUGCUAUCACCGAAGCCGUUUGCCAACCUUUUAAGCCCGUUGUUGGAAAGCAAAAUUCAAGUUCGCCUAUAACGGAUUCGUUGCUCGUCAUCGAGGACACAAAAGGAAUGUGCCAUCACGAAGACCCCACUUAGUGGAUUUCGAGUUUCGGGUCUUAGUCGGCGGGUUACCAAGACUUCUUCAAAAACGGGCGUAACGAAUGGCAUGAAACAACUUGAUUUGCGAAGCAUGUUCGCUCCUAAGCCGUAGAUUGUUUGAUUUAUCCAACAUUUCCAAACCUCAGGGGGUUUUUUUCUUUUUGGUUUUCUUGAAUUUUUAUCGAUUUUUUUGUACAUUACUAAUGCAACACCAUUUUUCCGGAUAAUUGUUAGGUUAAUAAAUUCAGAACUUUCAGAAUAAA